UCUUUGUUGUUUUCAUGUUGUGGUAGUUUUGUAGUCAUGGCUGUAGACCUCAUGAUGAGUUGCAGGAAUGGCAGUUUCGUCGCAAAAAUGGAGGAAACCACGGUCGUUCAAGAAGCAGCCGCGGGCCUCGAGAGCGUCGAGAGACUAAUCAGAUUAUUCUCACAACAACAACAAAAACAAAAUCAGGAUCAGAAUUAUCAAUCUUCUUCAAACCUGGACAUGGACAUGGAUUGCAGGGCAGUAGCAGAAGUCGCCGUUUCCAAGUUUAAGAAAGUAAUUUCUCUCCUAAAUCCAACCAGAACAGGGCACGCUCGAUUUAGAAGAGCACCUGUGGUUCCUUCACCUCUUUUGCCCCCAAACAAUCAACACAAUGAAGUUCUUGAAGGUAAAGUUUAUUACACGACGCCGAUCCAGCAGGUACCGAGGAAAGAUUCGUCCACUACGAUUAAUUUCUCGUAUUCCUCGGCGGGGAAUUCGUUUAUUUCGUCGUUGACCGGCGAAUCUGAGAGUAAGCAGCCGUCUUCGUCUUCGGCGUUUCAGAUUACAAAUCUGUCUCAGGUUCCAUCGGCUGGGAAACCGCCGUUAUCUUCUUCGCUGAAGAGAAAAUGCAGCUCUGAGAACCCAGAUUCCCUGAAGUGCGGAUCCUCUGGCCGAUGCCAUUGCUCCAAGAAGAGAAAGAUGAGGAUGAAGAGGGUAGUGAGAGUUCCAGCGAUUAGCCUGAAAAUGUCUGAUAUUCCACCAGAUGAUUACUCUUGGAGAAAGUACGGACAGAAACCAAUCAAAGGUUCCCCUCAUCCAAGGAGUUAUUAUAAGUGCAGUAGUGUGAGAGGAUGCCCUUCUCGUAAGCAUGUAGAGAGAGCUUUGGAUGAUCCGUCAAUGCUAAUAGUCACAUAUGAAGGGGAGCAUAACCAUGCACUCUCUGUUGCUGAGGCUACCCAUCUCAUCCUGGAAUCCUCUUAGUCCUCAACCCCGCCACCGCGGCCACCAUCAUCAUCAACCAACUGUAAAAACAGUUCCAGAAACUGGGUUGGUGGUGGAUAAAUUAGUAGUGUUACUGAUAAGCUAAGCGACCUAUAGUUUGCUUAUCUCGAAGGAGAUAAUUAGUGGGGUAGUUCUUAACCUGUUUUCAAUAUUGGAUUCCUUCGCUUUCUUUCUCUGUCUCUCUCCAUUCCUUUUGAACCACCAUGGAAAUCCACAAUGAUUUCUCAAAUUAAUACAUAGAAUACAAAAGGAGGAGUAAAGAUGGUGGAUUUGGUAUUAGAUUACAAUAUGAAAGAAAUCAAGUGGUGGGUAGUACUAUUCUCUAUCAAGUUAUCAACCCCUUCUUUAUUGCUUAAUUUUAUCUCUUGUACCUUUA